GGAAAUGAAGUUGUCAGACAGGCCAGCCCAGCAACUCUCUCUUUCCAACUAGCUAGGCAGCUAGCAAGUUAGGUGACAGGCGGUCACGAGUCGAGAGAUUUACAUGAAAUAUCACAGCUAUGAAGGUCGUCCGGUUGACCAACUUGUAGCUACGAUUAUUACACGUUAGAUAGCCACAGCCACAGAUCUCAGAUAGCGUUACAGACAUUUCAAACUAGCCUUACAGUGGUAAAAGAAAGUGGAGACAACUUGUUAGCCUACUAGCUAACCUUUAGCCACCGAGCCUCCUUCAGCUUCAAAACCAGAGUUCACUCGAGAUUCAGGGUUUGGUUACCAGUCUUCAGCCAUGCCAUUUCCUUUUGGGAAGUCUCAGAAGAGUCCAGCUGAAAUAGUGAGGAGUUUGAAAGAGAAUGUGGCAUACAUGGAAAAGCUGGAUGCUGGAGACAAAAAGUGUGAUAAGGUUGCAGAGGAGGCGUCCAAAAAUCUGGCUUCACUGAAGGAGAUACUUAGUGGAACAGGUGACAAGGAGCCUCAAACCGAAGCGGUGGCCCAGCUUGCACAGGAGCUGUACAACACCAACCUCCUCAUUGCACUCAUUGCAAACCUGCAGAGGAUUGAUUUUGAGGGGAAGAAGGAUGUGGUUCAUUUGUUCAGCAAUAUAGUGAGACGUCAGAUUGGCACCCGUACACCCACGGUAGAAUACAUCUCUACACACCCACAGAUCCUCUUCAUGCUUUUGAAAGGAUAUGAGAGUGCAGAAGUAGCUCUAAACUGUGGAAUGAUGCUGAGAGAGUGCCUGCGUCACGAGCCUUUGGCACGGACUGUGCUCUUCUCUGAAGACUUCUACUGCUUCUUCCGCUACGUGGAGCUCUCAACCUUUGACAUCGCCUCAGAUGCUUUUGCCUCAUUUAAGGAUCUCCUCACCAGACACAAGAUUAUGUGCGCAGACUUCCUGGAGAACAAUUAUGACAGGGUGUUUACAGAAUACGAGAAGCUCCUGCAUUCUGACAACUACGUCACCAAACGACAGUCUUUGAAGCUCCUUGGGGAACUUCUCCUGGAUAGACACAACUUCACUGUCAUGACAAAAUACAUCAGUCGGGCAGAGAACUUGAAGCUGAUGAUGAACAUGCUAAGAGACAACAGCCGAAACAUCCAGUUUGAAGCGUUCCAUGUAUUCAAGGUAUUCGUUGCAAACCCCAACAAGACUCAGCCCGUGCUGGACAUACUGCUGAAGAACCAGACCAAACUCGUGGAGUUCCUGAGCCACUUCCAGACUGACAGAUCAGAAGAUGAGCAGUUCUGUGAUGAAAAGAACUAUCUGAUUAAGCAGAUCCGGGACCUGAAGAGGCCCACGGCACCAGAGGAAGCUUAAGGCGGCAGGCGCGACUGCUCCAUCAGGUGGUAGAUGUGUAGGUGGUGGCUGGAGCUGCAGAGGGCUAAGGAAGAGUCUAAAAGACACGCUUCAUUAAGAUUUAAUAUUAACUACGAAAUAUAGGAAAAAAUAAAGUAAACUUCCUUCACUUUCUGUUUUUUUAGCGUGGAUGUGGAGGUGAUUUCCAUCCAGCAACCUGAGUGGGCCAAGAACUGUUUAAACCGUAGUGCUUCUGCUUCAGUGAUAAUGAAAUGCAUCUAGUCUGUUCUUGUAAUGUUGGACCUUUAAACUGUUAACCUUCCACAUACUUUGUUGCUGGUAGAGACCUUAGAAUGACAAAACCAUCACCCCAUUCACAGCCAACAUGAGGUGUUCUUGAAAGUCUGUCUCAGAAACGUGUCUAUAAUUCAGAGAUUGAGAAGCUGAGGAGAAGUAAAUAUAUUAUUUUUCUAAUGUAUGUUCAUGGUAAACAGUUUAAAACAUAUAGUAACUCUUCUCUCUGAACGUUGUUUAGUCUUACUAAUUGCAUAGCUUUGGUUUUUUGCCUUGUUUUAAGCUGUGGUGUUGUGCAGGGACUCAAAUGAUCUUUAGAAAUACAGCUUUGGAAGUGUGACAUGUGGAUCGUAUCGGCCAGGUCAGCACAUGGUAAUUUAUGGUGAUUAAUGUCUAGUCAUUAGGCCUUUGGUUGCAUGUAUGGGGUUACAGAGGUCAGAAAUGAUCCUGCACUGCUGUACUUGCCAGUGCAUUAGCUGGCACAGGAAGAGAAAAUCAAAACCAUAGAGGAAUCAAUUAAUUGUGCUGUGAUUUUGAGGCUGUGCUCAGCGAGGCUUACAUGGCUGAAAUAGAAACAAGGCAUCAGAUAAUGCUGCAGGGUACCAGCCAUCCAUUCACCGCUGACAUGGACAGCCAGGAUAUACCGAUUGAUCUCCCUCUCUCUCCAUUUCUCCCUCACACACUGAGCACAGAUAGCGAUGAUUCAUUUUAAAACAAUGAUUUAACUACCAGUUCAUGAGGUUUUAAACUACUUGAUGUAUGCCAUGUUAGGCAUUUCUCCUUUACAGCAUAAGCACUGCAUGACACAAGAAAUAAUGUUGCAGUUUACACUGAGGUGUUGGGAUGCAUCACAAGCAUGUUUCACUGUAAUUCUGUUAUAGUCAUACAAAAGCACGAUGUGUCAUUUUAGUUGACAUGUCCAAGAGACUUCAUACUAACUUUUGAUGAGGGAUGAGGAACUGCUUUUUCCUGAAUACUGUGACUCAUUUCGUUUUCAUUUGACACAUAUUGAACACCUGAUUACCUGGAUUAGAGAAUUGGGCAGUUUUAUUUGACUUGACUAUUUUUCUAAAACUGGCUGGAUUACCUUAAUCUCAGGUAAACAGUAACUCCCACCCAUACAGUUCAUUUCUUCAACACCAAAGAAUAUGAAAAGAAAUGUUAGAUGCUAAAACACCCAUAGGAUUUUAAGUGUCGUGUUUUUGUCUUCGGUUCUUUUCUGAUAAUAUUACGAUAAUAGAUGUUAACAGAGCACACUGUAACAUGCCUGUGAUGCAUCAGAAAGCACGUCCUAUCAGAUAAUAACCACAUGCACUGUUAAAACAAGAAUGAGUUUGUUUUAAGUGAUGAGCACUGAAUUUAUUGAGUUCCUCACAUGCAACACUGAUUAGUUAUAUUUCUUUAGACUUCUGUUGAAAUUAUUGCCUUACUUCUGCCAUUGUCUCUGAAAUGGCAUAUUAGGGAUUUCAAGAAAUGUGUUGUCUGUUCGCACAGUCUUCUAGUAUAUACCUCAUGGGAUUUGAGUUUGCAAGUGCUGUGUUCUCUUUCCUUUCCUUCCUAGAUGAGACAUUUUAUUUGACAUUUCAAAAUACACAACAAUGGUUUGUAUGCAUGCCGAAACGUGGGAUAUAUGUUCGAACUUGAGCAGGGACUGCGACCUGGUUUUCACAAUAGUAGACUAGAUUUUUAAACUGAACUAUUGCAUUUGGCGGUGCCACACAAACGUUAAUUCAUAAUGAAUUGCAGUGUGGUACCUCGUAAUAAACGUUGCCUUAUUUAAAGACAUUUAAUGGAUCGUAAUAAUUAUGUAAAAUUCCAGUCAUCCUCAUUUGUUUUUAAACCAAAGUCAAUAUGAAAAGGGUAAAAAAUGUACAUUUCAAGUCCCAAAUGCAUUACUAGUUUAUUGCUCAGACUCACAUGCAGCGUAGUGUAGCUUUAUCACCAACUGCAUUAUGCUCCAAUAUGAUCCUGUGAGUGUAAAUAUAUAUUUUAAAAGCAAUUUAAUAGACCACACUCAGUAGUAGAUGUGGUUAAUUGGCUUUUUAAAAAAUUACCAAAUAAUCACAAGGUCAACAUCAGGCCUUAAGGUAUCCAUAGAAUAGUUUGAUAAAUCUGCUGUGAAUGUGGUACAUUAAAUAGACUGAAGUCCUGCACACAGUGCGCUGUCAUGUCCUCAGUUUAUGGAACAAAGUUUGUCUGAAAGUGUGUUUGAGUUUCUUAAAAAAUAUCUUCAUGGUGAUCAACUUUUCAAUUCCUUUGUGAUUAUUUAUUGUGAAGCGUAAUUUUCCAAAACUAUAUUAAUGCAUCAGAUUUAACCCACAUAGAGAGCAGUCAUUAAUAUCUCCAGGAGCACAAACAAACUUAAGUUACAUAACAGGCAAUCCUCUGUAACAAUAUCCACCAUUAUUGGACUGUAACAAAAUGACAUGUAUUUUUUUAAAGGAAUACUCCAGAAAUAUUUUUCAUUUUGGUCUGAAUGAGCAUACAAACUUUCUUGAAAUUUGAGUCCAGUCAUGACGUGCACUUUGGAAGGACAUGCUGUACACAGUCAGCCCAUCAGAGGGAGCUGUUGGCAACAAUUGGCACCUUUUGUUGGUUGUACAAACAAAGUGUUUCAUGUUUUUAUAACCCUACCUCUAAUUAUGACUAUAUAAAUCAGUGGCUAAAUUAUGUAGACAUCAACACAAAUUCCUCAAGAUCAGCACAAUAUAUUUCAUGAUUUUAGAGUUUUCUGUUUAAAUAUUUGUUGUGCUUUACUUUUUUACUCAAUUGCCUUUCUUUUUUCCCCCCCUUCUCUUUCCACACUUUGGAUAUUUUCCUUAUUUACCAUGGGAGCGAAUUAUAUGUACAUAACUUUAUAAAGGAUAAAAGUGUGAAAGCAUUCAUGAAAAUAAAACUUUAUGGCAAUUUA